AGCGUUUGCAGUUUACAACUUCUCCUACCCAGCUGAACACCGCAAUAGGAUUUGAAAUUGAAGUUGACCAAGCCACUUGAGGAUAGCUUUGCAUACUUUUGGUGUUUGAAGAGCUCUUCCAUCUGCCAAAAUGAAGGGACGUGUAAGAUGGAAUGAAGAUAAUAUUGGAGAAAUUGAAGCAAACAAGCCCAUGAGGCAAAAAAUCACUGAACCUAAGACUCCAUAUCAUCCUAUGCUUGAUGAUGACAGUUCUCCAUCCCCCGUGCUAGGAGAUUUUGACGGAUAUAAUGGUGAUAAAAAUCUCUCACCAAAUGCUGAACAAACUGGUUAUAAUAAUGGGGCAUAUUGUAGCAGAAAAGGAACUAGACAAUCUGACGGCUGGACAUCAUCUGAGGAUGAGGCAGAAGAAACUGAAGAGGAUGAGGAAGAUAGAAGUUUGAGUUUCAGAGAGCACAGAAAGGCCCACUAUAAUGAAUUCCGCAAAGUCAAAGAGCUGCAACAAAAGGCUUCUCUGGAGGAUGGAAGUGAUGAGGAUAAUCAUGCUGAGGUUGCCAACGGGGAGAAGAAAAAUGACUCAUCUUCUCCAACGAAUGGUACGUGAAGGAGACCAACACUGAGAAGAAAAAAUGUCUCUUCCAAUCAAUGCUUCCUACACGAUCAACAAAUAAAACCCACUCCAGUUUCAUCAACCUUUGUGUAUGGCGGGGAUGGAAACAACAGAAGGAUUUACUGUAUUUAUUGUGUCUUUUGUGUGUAAAAUAUCUUUUCUUUUUCCACCUGGUAUGUACAUCUGAACUUGCAUGAUUCGUGAAGUCUCUUGUAAUAUGCCAAAUUAGAUUUUUUUUGGCAAGCAACAAACAUUCUGGUUAUAAGAGUGAUGAUUUCGAAGAUAUAACACUCCAAACGUGGCAUUUAAGUAA